AUGCCGUCGUUCCUACCCACGCUGCCUACUUCGGAUGUUCAGCAAGCUGCUCAGUUGAUCUACCGAUCCUAUAAUCCCUCCGCGGCCGCGUCAUUGUCCCCCGAGGAACUCCGCCGCCUUCAGCAGGAUCUCUUCGAGUUGCAGAAACGCCCAGAGGCUUGGGGACUUGUCGUCCCGUUUUUAGAGAAUGGAGAAGAGAGCGUGCAAUUCUUUGGCGCCCAUACGGUACAAGUCAAGAUUGCCAGGGACUGGGACUCUUUCCCCCGGGAACACGUCCAAGAGUUGAGGAUGUUUGUCAUCGACGCCACCGCCAACUGCAUCGUCCUCGGGCGGAGCAAAGUUAUAUUGCGAAAGUUAUUUGUUGCGCUCUCAUCCCUAGCCAUCAGGGUGGCGCCGGAGCAGUGGCCCGACUGGAUCUCAUCCACCGUCGCGACCUUCUCCACCCGUGGUUCCUCGACGGAGAAGAUCAUAGACUUUCUGGCCAUAAUAGCUGAGGAAGUGCAUAGCGCCGAUCUGAUUCAACAACGGAAGACCCUACUCAAUGUCUCUCUACGCGACGCCGUACCUCUCGUUCUUCAAGCCAUUACCGCGUCUCUGAAUCCAUCUGCUGAGGAACGACAGGUCGAAUCCGCCCUACACUGUCUCGAAGCAUGGCUAGCGUUUAUCCCGGCGAGCGAUCUGAACUCGCUGAUACAACCACUGUUCGCGCUCUUGAAUCCUUCAAUGCCACAAUUCAGCCUUGCGGUCUCUGCAAUGAACUCAAUCCUUUCGUCGACGGCUUACUCGAAGGGUGCUGGCUCUCGAGUACUGACAGAACCUCUGCUUCUGUGGUUUGCUCAAUGGGGACCACCCAUCGUUGCGCAGGCCUCGCUCAAUGGCCCAGACGAGUCCGCAACUGUUCUCUGCAAAUUACUUGUGGGGCUCGGGGAUCACUCGUCCGAGUACCUCGCCCAGAAUAUCGCUUGUACGCGUUCGAUCAAUCCAGCCUUCAACCCUGUGUCCGCUCCAUCGUCAUCGACGCCUCCUACCCGCGCACAACUUGUGCAGAACUUCAUGCAGCUCAUGCUGUCCUUCGCGUCGCUUCCUGGCUUCUAUGGCGUCGACGAAGAAGAGAGUGAAAUGACUCUUGGCUUCUGGUAUGCCUUCCAGGACACCCUGUGGGAUGUCGAGGUACCGGCGGAAGAUCAGGCCUACCAGAGUGGCGGCGAGGAUGGCAUGAUGGCAGUUUCUAAAGCGGUGUAUGCGCAGUUAGUUCGAGCGCUAAGAAACAAAGUGCGGUGGCCAAGCGGGCGCUCCGGCUGGACCAAAGAUCAAGUGGACAAGUUCAACAUUUAUCGACGAGAUGUUGGGGAUACAUUGAUCAACGCCUACUAUGUGGUCCGAGAGGAUAUGCUGGCUUUCUACUUGACCGACCUCUCAGAACGAUUGUCAUCGAACGGCGAACCCGACUGGGAGGAAGUCGAAGCUACACUGCAUUGUAUCUCAUCGAUCCAAGAAGCUUUGCCGGUUGACAAGAGUGAACAUCUGUCCAGGCUGUUCAGUGGAGAGAUCUUGGGUCGAAUUCCGACAGCCGGGCACGAACGUGUACGACGGACCGCCCUUGUCCUCAUCGGCUCGUACGCCUCUUGGUUCACCACACUUCCAAUCGGCUCUCAGGAGCUUUUGAAUGCUGUCGGCUUCGUCGUCAAUGCCCUACCCGACCAGGCUCUUUGCCUACCAGCCGCCAACGCGCUUCGCGAUCUAUGCGAUAAUAAUCGCGUAGCCCUCGCGCCACAUAUUGUUUCCUUUGGAGAGCUGCAUGCGAGUCUCGCUGGUAUAUCGGACUUUGAGAAGGCAAAGGUCCUUCAGUCGAUAGCAAGUGUCAUACAAGCGCUCCCGCUCGACAACCAGAUUUCACCCGUAGAGGCUAUCGUGUCGCCAGUCGUCUCCAAACUUUUCCAGGCCUUGCAAGCAUCAGCCACGAUGCCAGACGACAGUCGAACAUUGACGAUUGCGCAGCUUCAGACAUUAUCCGGUGUUGCAAAAGGCCUCACUCGCGCAAACGAUGUUUUUGACCUCGACGACGAUGGCGAGGAGGAUCCUCACAUUACGCGCGCUCGCCAAGAUGAUCGCAUGGUACGGCUACGUGAGAAGAUGCUUGCUGCUAUACGAGCAAUCAUCGAAGUAUGGUCCACCGACGCCGGUGUAAGCGACGCUAUCAGCGACCUCUUCAAGUCAAUCACGGCAUUGCCAAGCGAUAACACUCUUAUAUCUCUUCCUGCCAUUCCCCUGCUAGAGCUUGUCUGUCAAGCCGCGCGAAAAGGUCUGACGGCGAUUUGGUUGUCUCUGGCAAACGUGCUCGUCAUACAACUCAAUCCCACUACGCCGUUCAAGACGCUUCGCCCGACUGUCGCGUCGGCAGCUGUGGACAUCGUGCGAAACUUCACAGUAGCACUGGUCGAGACAACGCUCGCUCUGCUCGGGAUGCCGGGGAGGAUGGAAGAGAACCCAGAUAUCGUCCAGGAGUUCUUCCAUUUCCUAGAGAAGGUCUCGCACCACUUCGUGACCGUCUUCUUUCAACUGUCUCAGGCUAUGUUGGACUCCCUCAUGGCGUGUGCCAUCACUUCUCUAUCUCUCCCUGAAAGGUAUUCCCUCGUCGCGUCAGCUGGGUUCUUAGGAUCUCUCAUCAACCGUGCCCACGGGAACGACGAGCUGGGCGACAACCGACACUUCAUAGUGCAGCGCCAUGGCCCUGCGUUGAUGCGCUCGCUUCUUCUUGGCUUUGCUGGCUCCGCGCCUAAGUCGACCGUAGCUAAUCUCGGCGAGCUGUUCAACACACUGAUUACGAAAUAUCCUGGGGAAAGUCGAGGGUGGAUAAUGCAGGUCUUAUACGGAGAGGACUUCGCCCAAUCUCGUGUCGACACUCAAGGUAAGGAGGCAUUUGUGAAGGCCGUUUACGCACCCGGAGCUGGGACGCUGAAGAAGAGGCGGGAGGCUUUCUGGCAGUCAGAUUCGCCUCACCCCUGA